CCACGUUGUCCGGGGUGCACUGUCCGGACGACACGACUUUGUUGGUGCGAGACUGCAGCGAUACUUCUGCUUCAUAUGACGACGGUGAAUCUCUCUGCAGCUGUAUAUAGAUGAAGAACUGAACGGUUGGAUCGCUCUUUGAUGGACCUCCGCGUUUCCCGCCUGUGUAUUAUCGACUACUUGUUAAGUGCGCACAAGACCAGCUUGAGUAUCUGACCUCUAUAGACCGUUACGGUUUCUAUAAGGUCCCCGUGACGGGAACCAUGACAGACGACAAUCUCAUCGCGACCUGCACGGCGGCGGGGAUGCGGCACGUGUGCUUCCACUCAGGCACAGGGACCUGCGGCUUCCACUGGAACUCUGACUGCAUCAAGUACGACCACGAUGACGUCAGCUGCAUCACCACCGAGAAUCUGUCGCAAAACCUGUGCGGCACCACCGACAAGUUGUCUUGUCGGCCCCUUGAUAACGUCUUCGAUGUACGGCCGAACUUCUGGGGUGAGACUGUCGCGUGGGGAGUGGACGUCGACACCCAGCAGAACUUCAACGGGGAGGGAAACACCUACAGCAGCCAGUAUGCCCUGUGUGCACUUUCGGAGGGUCUACAGUACAUGCCCUGUAUGAACGGAGGAAAACUGGAAAACUUUGUCUGUCAGUGUCCGGCUUGGGCCACUGGACUCAAGUGUGAAACAGACAUGGUAGACGACUGCGAGCGCUCUUUCUGCCAGAACGGAACCUGUUUGGAUCACCUGAACCACUAUAUCUGCCAAUGUAACCCUGGGUGGACGGGAGUCAACUGUGAUACAGCAAUGGUCAACGAGUGUAUGAACUCCCCGUGCCUUCACGGCGCAUGCGUGGAUUUCCUGGGCGGCUACACCUGCCGAUGCGACCCGGGAUGGACAGGUGUUAAUUGUGAAACAGAGCUGCUGAACGAGUGUUUGAGCAACCCUUGUCUGAUGGGCGCAUGCGUGGAUCACCAGGACCACUACACGUGCCGCUGUGACCCAGGGUGGACAGGAAUCAACUGUGACGUAGACAUGAUAGACGAGUGUGCGAGCAACCCUUGUCUAAUGGGCGCAUGCGCGGACCACCAGAACCACUACACCUGCCAAUGUGACCCGGGUUGGACGGGGGUCAACUGUGACGUAGACAUGGUGGACGAGUGUUUGAGCAGCCCCUGUGUGAACGGCGCAUGCGUGGAUCACCAGAACCACUACACCUGCCAGUGUGACGCGGGCUGGACGGGGAUCUACUGUGAUUUUGAUAUGGAUGACUGCAGCAGCUCGCCUUGUCCGUCCAACUCUACGUGCGUCGAUCAAGUGAACGGAUACACCUGUCAGUGUGCACCUGGAUGGGCUGGAGAUAGCUGUCAGACAGACAUAGACGAGUGCAGCAGCUCGCCGUGCCCUGCGAACUCCACCUGUGUGGAUGACGUGGACAGCUACACCUGUGAGUGCCCGCUCGGCUGGACCGGAGGAAGCUGCGAGACAGAAAUCAACGAGUGUGCGAGCAAUCCGUGUUUGUCCGGAGGGACGUGUGUGGACGAACUGAACAGCUACAAGUGCCUCUGUCCGGAGAAGACAGCUGGGGAUAACUGUGAAACAGCUAUCUUCGCCACCGAGUGCUACUAUUUCUCCGCUGACAGCCUGUCCCACAAGGACGCCGCCGUGGCCUGCACCACCAUGGGAGGACACCUAGCGGACGUGCAGGGAACGCAGGAGCAGCAGCUGCUGGGUGACCUCAUCAGUCACGGCAGUGACGUAUCCCACUGGACCUCCGUCAGGACAUCCACCGCGUCACUGGUUUAUAGCGACGGCUCUCCGGUGUUUGGUUCUGCCUGGAUGUCCCCUACCGCCUACGGUCCGUUUGACCAGUGCGUGCUACUGGACAGUCAGGACAGCUACCAGGGGAACUACCACGUCUGUUCCGAGGAACACAACUUCGUCUGUGAAUCCGGCGCUUCGGUCUGUCAGUACUGUCAGAACGGAGGGGUGUGCAGCUCCUGUUUCGCGGACGCCGUCGUCACCUGUGAGUGUCCCGUGGGGUUCGAGGGCGCCGUGUGCGAGUCAAACAUAGACGACUGCUCCAAAUCACCUUGCCACAACAACGGCACCUGCAUUGAUCUCGUGGAUGACUUCGAAUGUGUCUGCGACCGAGGCUACACCGGGGUCUUGUGCGAAAACGAUCUGGACUUGUGCAAUCCCAACCCGUGCCCAUACGGUUGGAAUUGUGUGGACAAUGUUCACGGCAUCCAGUGCGAAAUACCAGACCCAGUUGCAGGAGCCAGGACCGAUUAUUGCUCCCGGUACUCUUGCGGUCCUGGUUGGCACUGCAUGGAGGAUGGCCCGACUGGGUUCUCCUGCGUCAGUGGCUGAUGUGUCACGUGACUACAUGUCAUCGCCUGCUGGACGCGGCUCUGCUUUGUUGAAUCAGCUUUUGAUAAUCAGUUAUGGAAGUUAUCAUAUAACAUGUAUACUGGGAGAUGCCACAAAACGUCACAAUAAAGCGACGUCAUUUCUCCACCACGAUUAAGAUAUCAAAUAAACUGGUUCUAUGACUUA